UGGACGCGGAUUCCCUUGCCACACAGCUGUCUCGUUCCUGUCGCGUUGUCAAAUGAGGGUGGUACGUGCCUACGCGCGCCUACGGGCUACUUUCCGCCAUAGAAAAGGGUCCACGUGAGGAUGACAGCUGGUCCGGUCGCCUAGCGGUGAGAAAGAGCACGAUAGCGAUCGGUCGCACGACAAGAUGUGCAAGGAUGCGGGUAUCAGUCAUGAUCAGCGUGGCUUUUUCUUACCCCUGGCCUUAAAGAUUAGACAAUGCCCUCGUGGGGUUUGCUUGCGUUUCUUUCUGUCUACCCGUUCUUUAUUCCUCGACUUACCCCUUGGAAAUGCGCUUGCAGAGAUUGAGCAUAUUACUAGCAGCUUGUCGCCUUGUUUCGAGCAGUCAGGGUCAAGAUCAACAUCGAGAUCAGUUUAAACACGUCGACUGGGACGACGACAACUGGACUUUGUCAAGCCGCGCCCUCGAUCAGGGUCAUUAUCAGUCCCGGCUCUCCCUUGCGAACGGCUAUGUCGGAAUCAGCGUUGCGGCUGCGGGCCCGUUUUUCGAAGUCGACAAACCCGUAGAGGGCGACAAUCUCAGUGGCUGGCCACUUUUCAGCAGACGGCAGACUUUCUCGUCGAUCGCGGGUUUCUUCAAUACGCAGCCGGAACUCAACAACUCGAAUUAUCCUUGGUUGGACCAGUAUGGCUGGGAUAGUGUUAUUAGCGGUAUACCGCAUUGGAGUGGGCUUGUGGUCGAGGCCAAUGGCGCGUGGCUUAACGCGUCUGUGAAUCCGAAACAUAUCUCAGACUUCACGACCAGUCUUAAUGUAAGAGCUGGCAUUGCGAAUUGGAAGUAUAAAUGGGCGCCCGGGGGAGAAGAAAGAGACGCUAUCGACGUUGACUAUGAACUGUUCGUGCACAAGCUCAAUGUCAACCAAGCGGCUGUUCGACUUCGACUUACGGCGGCUCGCGACCUGAAUAUCACAGUAUACGAUGUUUUGGAUGGAGACUGUGCUGUUCGAAGCGAGUUCGUGGAUAAGAAGUUUGAGGAUGAUUGGCCGACAAUAUGGACCGCUGUCAGCCCUGAGAAUAUGCACGAUGUCACCGCGUAUGUUUACUCGACUCUUGUCGGGGAUGCUACAGUGGAUAUGAGGACUCGAAGCAAGGCUCAGGAUGUUUAUGCCAACGGGAACGAGAUGACAAUUGCGCAGUCUGUGCAGGUCAAACUAAAGGCAGAGAAAUCGGCUCAGUUGAGCAAAUUUGUUGGUAUUGCAUCUACCGAUGCGUUCUCGGAUCCGCAGGAGGCGGCAUGCAAUGCCUCAGUAUAUGGUGCUAGGGAAGGAUAUGAUACCCUUUUGCAGUCACACACCAAGGAGUGGCACAGCAUCUUGACCGAGGACUCGGUGGACGACUACCGCCUACCAAGUGGCUCAUUGCCAGAUGAUCCUAACAUCAGAGAACUCCACAUUCUGGCGCACACGAACCCGUUUUAUAUCUUGUCAAACACCGUUGGACCCAACGCCAUCGCAGCAGCGGGAGGUAAUACGCGGCUUGACAUCCACAGCAUCCCUGUUUGCGGACUUGCUUCUGACUGCUACGCUGGCCAGAUCUACUGGGAUGCUGACGCGUGGAUGGCGCCAGGAUUGCAGGUCUCGCAUCCGCAGCAUGCUCAGAACGUCAUCAAGUACCGGGUUGAGCACUUCGAGCAAGCGCAGAGAAAUGUUGAGACGGCUUUUACUUCGUCGAAGAAUCAAACCGACAGGUUCACGCCGGGUGGAGCAGUAUUCCCAUGGACCAGUGGGCGUUUCGGCAACUGCACGGGAACAGGGCCUUGCUUCGACUACGAAUACCAUGUGAAUGGAGACGUUUGCAUCGCUUUUAACAACCAUCUCGCGGUAACUGGUGAUGGGGCAUAUUUCAAAGAAACGUUGCUUCCUAUUUCGAAUGCCGUUGCGCAUUUCUUCGGGGAGGUACUGGACUUUAACAAAUCGUCGGGCGCGUACGAGCUCUGGAACGCUACGGAUCCGGACGAGUAUGCGAACCAAGUCAACAACGCUGGAUUUACUACUGCUCUUAUCCAGAGGCAGUUUAUCGAAACGAGCGAGUUCAACAAUUGGUUUGGUGUGGCUCAAAACGCAAAUUGGUCGAAGAUUGCAUCGCGUAUGCAACUCCCCGUCAACAGGCAAGCAGACAUCGUCGUCGAAUACGAGGGCAUGAAUGGCACUGUGAUGGUGAAGCAAGCAGAUGUAGUGCUCAUCGACGAUCUUCUGCACUACCCGAAUCCGUACAGCCUUGCGAACCUGGAUUACUACGCAGCAAAGCAAUCACUUGAUGGGCCGGCGAUGACAUAUUCCUCGUUCAGUGUCGUCGCGAAUCAAGUCUCACCGUCGGGAUGCUCUAGUUACACUUACGAUUUGUAUUCUUCAUCGCCAUACAUUCGUGCACCAUGGUACCAAUACUCCGAGCAACUCAUUGAUGAAGUCGCAGAGAACGGAGGAACCCAUCCCGCAUACCCGUUCUUGACAGGCAUGGGAGGAUCGAACCGAGUAGCUGUGUUUGGCUACUUGGGAUUGCGUCUUUUCUACGAUAGACUGGAUAUCGACCCUUCACUUCCACCCCAGAUCUCCUACCUGGACUACCGCACGUUUUACUGGCAGGGCCAUGGCAUCAACGCUACGUCCAACGCUACACAUACUACUCUCAUCCGUCUACCUCGCGAGAAGUAUGCGCUCCCAUCAGCAAACGAGACCUACUUUGAGAAGCCCAUCCCCGUCACAUUCGGCACACGGCCCGGAGAGUUCUCGCUGGGCGCCGAGCCGCUCGUCCUCCCGAACCGCAUGAUGGGCCAGACACUCACUAUGGACGGCAACAUCCUGCAAUGUAAAUCCGUCCUGCCAUCGCCGCAGGGAAACGCACCAGGUCAAUUCCCCAUCGCUGCCAUCGACGGCGCAGCGAGCACGAAAUGGCAGCCCGCCAACUCGUCCGUCCUCUCCUACAUGACCGUCGACUUGGGAGAUGCGGAGUUCUACCCCAUCACCAACUUGAUGGUGGACUGGGGCAACCAGGCGCCGUCUUACUAUGAGAUCCUCUUCUCGAACUCGUCGCUCCCGCCGUUCAAGGAUGGGGAGAAGGACGUGCGCAGUGUGGUUGCGGGCAAGGUUGAGCUCUCUGCGCCGUAUGAUCCUGUCACUGCGUUUGAGAUCAGGACGUAUGUGGGGAACCAGACGAAUGUCACGUUGGAGCGCAGUGUGUGGAGUGGGAGGUUUGCGCAUUUGGGGAUAAAGGGGAAUCAGUUUGGUGACGUGGAGGUCGGUGGGACGGUUGCGGAGUGGAAUUUGAUUAGAGAGGGGGAGGUGGCUGAGAGGGAGAAUCUGGAAUUGUAAUUGUGAAUGUUUUGUUGAAGAGUUUCUUAGAAUUAUAGAGUAGAUGGUAGGUAUAUGUUGUGUUAGAUUUAAUACAAAUCGGUCAAUUG